GACAGAUUUUGCAGCGCGGGUUGCAGAUCUCUUGGGCGAUAUUCACCCACCACUCAGACCGGAGGUGGAGUUGGAGAUCGAUAACGUUUGCAAGGAGGUCGGCGAUCUCUGUGCCUCCGUGUUAACACAGCUGAGCUCCGACUUCCAACCACCUCCGGACCUUCGGCGUAUUGGGGCUUGGAAGCUGGGAGUCGCUCAGCCUGGCACAGAGUUGGACUUGCUCUUGGUAGCUCCGGAUGCUGCUCUGCCAGGUUUGGUGGAGGGACUUCGCAAAGCGAGUUCAUCCAGUAUCAGGACGGCUUCUUCCGACGGCCUUCUCAACGGCCCCGGGGUCAAGUUCAAGCAGAGGGGAACUUCAGUGAAGUUGCUCUUCGCAGCCUCGUCCCACCUGGCCCCGGCGCCUGUUCCCGUGCCGACGCAUGCAGCACGCUGGGGAGAGUCUGUCAGCAAUCGGAUUCUGGAGCAGGUCCCUGAUCGAGCUCGCUUUUGCGAGUUGCUUGCACUAGUCCGUUAUUGGGCCCAGCAGCGGGGCGUGUUCGGAAGCCUGUUUGGCUUCUUCAGCGGAACCGCGUGGGCCAUCUGCUGCGGAUGCGUUUGCCA